GCUCAACAUCAACAUCCUCAGAACGAACCAUGCCUCCAAAGAUUUUCCUAACAGGUGCCACAGGCUAUAUCGGUGGCGAUGUAUUACAAGCCCUCUACCACGAUCAUCCUGACUAUGAUUACACACUGUUGAUCCGGAGCGAGGCAAAAGCCCAAGCCGUCCAGAAAGCAUUCCAGAAAGUGCGAAUCGUACUGGGAGGCCUGGAUGAUUCCCAGAUCCUCCAAGACGAGGCCGCAAAGGCCGACAUUGUUCUCCACACAGCAGAUGCUUCAGACCACGAAGGUGCAGCCAAGGCCAUCGCCGCGGGACUUCUCAAGGGCCACAGCAAAGACAGACCCGGCUACUGGCUUCAUACUGGUGGCACGGGGAUUCUGACGUACCAGGACUCCGACAACAACUUUGAAGGACUAGGCACCUGGUCCGACAAGGAGUACAACGACUGGACAAAAGUUGACGAACUCACCAGCCUGCCAGACCAUGCCUUCCACCGCAACAUCGACAAACUCGUCCUGGACGUCGGAGUCACGAAUCCAGAUGUUGUUAAGACAGUGAUUGUGUGCCCACCGACUAUCUAUGGACGUGGCCGUGGGCCUGGUAGUCAAAGAGGCCGACAAUUGUACGAGAUGGCAAGUUUGAUUCUCAAGAGACAAAUCAUCCCAGUGGUCGGCCAAGGCCAAUCGAGGUGGAACAACAUCCACGUCGCUGAUCUCACCGAGGUUUUCAAGCUGCUGGUUGACAGAGCUGUGGAUGGAGACGCCAACAACACCGACAUUUGGGGUAAAAAUGGAUACAUCCUCACGGAAAACGGCGAGCAUUUGUGGACCGACGUCGCCAAAAAGCUCGCCAGCAUUGCCGAGAACAAGGGCUACAUCAAGUCUGCACAUGAAAGCCCCCUGAGCAAGGAUGAAGCACUCGAGGCCGCUGGGUUCGAGGCCGUUAGCUGGGGCCUCAAUUCGAGAGGCAAAGCAGAGCGGGCUGCCAAAGCUCUAGGUUGGAAACCAACCAGAGUCCUCGACGACUACCUUGAUGAGAUUAUCGAGGAUGAACAUUUGCGGUCGAGCUAGCGAAAGGCACCGGGUCUUGAGAGCUGGGAAGCUAUGUGGACAUGUCGAGCAGCGAAUGCAACCUCGAAGCGAGGUAUCGUGGAUCAGAUCAGCCCUAGGCCUUCAAAUCAUAUCAAAUGAUACCAGGAUGGAACAUGUCAAAGAGUAUAGAUUCAGCAAAACUCCCCAAACCAAAGUAACUUGUAAC